AUGUCUCAAGUCAUCGGCCCUACACAACUCGCCUACUCCCGAGUAUGGCACCACGUCUCCGCCAAAGCCCUCCACCCAACCCUCUCCACCAAAAACGGCACGACCCCCCCAACCCUCGGCCGCCUCGCAAGCCGCAUCGCCGUCCUCCUCAUGGGCAAGCACAAGCCCAUGUGGGACCCCUCGACCGACUGCGGCGACUACGUAGUCGUGACGGACUGCGCGGCUCUCUACACUACGGGCCGAAAGAAGUGGCAGAAGACGUACUACCGACACAACACGCGCCCCGGUUCGCUGCGGUCCGUCACCAUGGACGUGCUCAUCGAGAAGUACGGCGGCAGCGAGGUUCUCCGGAGGGCCGUUAGUGGCAUGUUGCCCAAGAAUAGGCUGAGGGAUAAGAGGCUGGCGAGGCUGAAGGCUUUUGAUGGCGCGGCGCAUCCGUAUAAGGGGAAUUUGAUCCGGUUUGGCGAUAAGGUUGUGGGGACGCCUGGGUGGGAGGAGGUCGCGAAGGCGAUCAGGGCCUCGAGUGAUGCGAGGAUAUAG